AUGGCUGGGCUCAAUGAAGGACUGAUGGAUGUGGCUGCCAGUUCGCUUUCUUCGGAUCUUCUUGGUGAUGUUCCUGACAAAGAUGUGAAUCUGUUAUUAGGUGAGCUGUCCAUCUCUGAACGUCAGGAGCAACCGAAACUAGAGGAACGGACCAUCAAGUUUCCUUCGUUGGCUUUGGAUCUUGUAAAAACUUUGGAGACUGCUGAUCUAAGGACUUGGAAACGCCUAGUGGAAUUGUGUAGUGUCGUGAAAAACGACCAUUGUGAAGCAAAGAUUGGGGGCAUCACUUUGAACAUCGGUGGAUUUGAAUCCUUAAAGAAGAUUUGGUGCGGACCUUUGACCAUUCCCACGCCAGCGGACCUACCUCUGUCAGUGAAAGCAAUUGAGAUAUCUGAAGGAUCUUCAAACGAGUGUUUGGAAGUUAUUUCUGAAUCUUCUGAUUUAGUGGAUUUGGGACCAAGCGAACAAGUGGAAAGAAUUCCUUGUGUUCCUGCCAUUAUUGACGAGAUGGCUGGUGCUCCAAAAGAUCAAACCAGGACAAUCGCUGGUCUUGGUGACGAGGAGAUUCUUCAAUUUAAUUUGGGACUGGAUUUGAAUGAAGGCGACCGCCCAUUAAGAUCUUUGAUCGGUUAUUUGAACAAAAGUGAUCCUGACCAUGUGGGGUGGAGGUCGGUUGUAUCUCCGAUUCUCUAUUUGUCUCGAUUUAGCAUGUGCCAUGGUGAUAUGGUAGGCUUUGGUCAUAUCUCUUCAAGAGGUUUGUUGGCCUUUGCCAGGGAUCAUAGUAAAGCUGCUUUUUGGGGAGUAGAUGGGAAUAUUAUUCCUGGGAAGUCUCCUUUUGAGGAGCACAUUCAUUGUGGCCCAAAUGGUCCAUCAGUUUUUUGCAAUGGGAUGGAAAGCUUUUCUGUCUCAAAGGAGUUGCAUGGUGAACAGGGGGAUGUGUUCAGAUUUCUGGUUCCGUCCCCCCGGUUUCUUGCCGACAAAUGCUUUUUGAUGGACGUACUGUGUCACAGGGUGUACGACUUUGAUCAACGUGGCGAAAAGGCCUCUGCUACAUCAAUGAAACUGAUCACUUCCGAAUUCAAAUACGAGCACGCAUCAAAAGACAAGGGACCCUCUCACAGACCCUCUGACGUAGGAACUUUCAAAAUGAAGCUAAUGGCCGGCCUAGAGGACUUCUCGAAAUAUACUUUAACUUUAAAUAGGGAUUCCACCGUGAAUUCCCGGCCCCUGUCCCGGGCUGAUUCUGAUCUUCUCACCAUCUUGGCCCCUUGCCCAACGUGUUACUAUGGGAUCCGCAGCGUGAUUUGGGCCCCAUCGACCCAAGCGCCCUCUACCCCCAAGACCAGUCCUGCCCAUAGG